UGAAUCUUCAGGUUUUUCUCAGCAAAACAUCAGAAUCUCUGACACACACUGUUCAGACUGAGCGAUGGACUCUGAAGCCAGCAAAACGAUGGAGGUGGCGGCGCUCGGCCGGCCUUUCAGCCUCGGGAUGUUGUACGACUGCCGCAAAGACUCACUCAUCCCUGGAAUUACACUGUGGGACCAUGAUGACCUGAUAAGAUAUAUACGAGAAAGACCGCAGAACUAUAAUGAUUUUGAGAUUGUUGCAUCUGAAUCAAUUGAGGACAAAUCUUCAGCACUAAACAUUGAAGCUUCCCUGAAGGCAAGUUUCUUGAGUGGACUGGUUGAAGUUGGAGGAUCGGCAAAAUACCUGAAUGACAAAAAGAUUUCCAAAAAUCAGGCCAGAGUAACUCUGAAGUACAAGGCUACCACAAAGGUCCAGGAACUGUCGAUGAAUCAUCUUGGAACAGCAAAUGUGAAGCAUCCAUAUGUCUUUGAUAAAGGAUUAGCAACACAUGUAGUCACAGCCAUUCUUUAUGGGGCACAAGCCUUCUUUGUCUUUGACCGUGAGGUUUCUGAAGAGGAAGAUCAUCAAGACAUUGAGGGGAACUUGAAGGUGAUGAUCAACAAGAUUCCCUGCAUUUCUAUAGGAGGUGAAGGUUCCCUGAAACUGGAAGACAAGGACAGAGCAAAUGUUGAGAAAUUCUCCUGCAGAUUCUUUGGAGACUUUUCUCUUGAAAAAAGUCCUGUGUCCUUUCAGGAUGCAGUAGAAGUCUACCAAAGCCUGCCAAGAUUACUGGGAGCCAAGGGAGAAAAGGCUGUACCGAUGAAAGUCUGGCUGUUGCCACUGACAAGUCAAGAUUCUUCUGCUGCAAAACUGGUCCGUCAGAUAAGUAUAGGAUUAGUUCAGGAAUCACAGAGAGUCCUGGAGGACUUCAGUGAGCUGGAAAUGAGGUGCAAUGACACAAUGAGAACCACCACCGCACAGCAGUUCCCACAGAUUGGCAAAAAGAUUAAAAGCUUUAAAGAGAUGUGCUCUGAGUUCAAGCUGGGAUUCCAACAAAACUUGGCAAAGAAACUUCCAUCAAUCCGAGGAGGAGGAGAAGAGGAGGCUGUGCUCGCAGAGAUCCUGAAGAAGAGACAUUCUUCUCCUUUCAACACCAAAGACCUGAAUGAGUGGUUGGACUGUAAAGAGAGAGAAGUCUACACCUUAAUGUCUUUAACCAACAUGAUGAAAAACACCAAGAUCAUCCCGUCUCAAACACACCUGUACAGGGAAACCCUCAGUGCAGAUCAUGCUGUGUGUUUUGUUUUCACCUCCCUGGGAAGUGCUGAACCGUACCUCUCAGCUUUAUCUAACUACUUAAAACAAACACCCGAACCAGACGACCCUCAAGAUGUAGAGAAGGAACAAUGGUUCACCUCAAAAGAAAUAACAGAUGCAAUGAGGAAUAAAGCAAAGCUCUUCAGUGACUUUGCAGAGGCCAACAAGGAGAACAAGAACAUAAAGUUCCUGACAGUGGGAUUAACAAAUGAGACACAGAAAGGUUCAAGCAUCUACCUUUAUGAAGGCGCCUUUUCUGUCAAUAAGAACUUUGAGCCGCCUUCAAAGCCUGAAACAGUAACAGCAAGUGACAUAAAGCACAACAGUGUGACACUGAAGACUUCUGCGCCCAGAUUUGGAGCAGAGAACAUCACCUCCUACUCUGUAGAGUACUGUGUCAGAGGAGAGGAUGGAUGGCAACAAGAGACAGCAUCAAAAGCUGGAGAAGUCACAGUGAGCCAUCUGAGUCCUAACACAGAGUAUAUGUUCAGAUGCAGAGCAGUGACCUCAGCAGGUGUUGGGCCGGCCAAUGAAGUCAGUGGUUCCAUUAAAACCUUACCUUGCAGCCCUCCUGGAGAACUUCAGGUUGAACCAAACUCAAGUGAGAUCUCAGUCAGCUGGGAGAAACCUGCUGAGCUUGGACAAGAUGUCCAGAUUUUGAGCUACAUCGUGGAGUACGCCAAAACAGACAACGGGGUGAAAGAGGAAGAUCUCCAAUGGAAGCAAAUGAUGUCGAGAGCUGAAAAGGCGAUCAUUUCAGGGCUUCAGCCAGAGACAGAAUAUGUUGUCAGGGUCAGAUGUGACUGUGGUGAAGCUGGAAGAAGCAAGGAGAGCAUCUCUGUUAAUGUCUGCACAAUGAAAUUUAAACGUCUCACAGAACUCCUCAAAAGUAGAAGUGAAAGGAUAAAUUCUGAAUCACCUUCAGUUUACAAACUGCCUCUGAAAGAAGAAGAUACGGACAUUGAUGGAUGUAGAAGAUACAGUUUUGGCAAAGAAAGCACAAGGAAAAAUCGCACAAUAAUGUUUUUUGGAGUGUCCGGAUCUGGAAAGGCGACUCUGAUCAAUGGACUAAUCAACUACAUUGUUGGUGUAGAGUGGAAGGACAAUUACAGAUUCAAACUAAUUGAUGAGGGUCAGUCGACGUCACAGGCUGAAAGUCAGACCUCUGAAGUCACUGUGUACAAAAUCAACCACCAGGAGGGUUUUAAAACAGAAUACUCUCUGACCAUUGUUGACACUCCAGGGUUUGAAGAUACAAGAGGCAUAAUAAGAGAUGAGAGCAUCACAGAACAGCUGUGUAAUCUCUUCUCUGCUGAGCUUGGUGUCAGUGAAAUUGACGCUGUGUGUUUUGUAGCUCAGGCUUCUUUAGCUCAACUCACGCCAACACAGAAAUAUGUGUUUGACUCCAUACUCUCAAUCUUUGGCAAAGAUGUGGCAGAAAACAUCAGGGUUCUGGUGACAUUCGCAGACAGCCAGCGUCCACCAGUUCUAGAGGCAAUCAAUGCUUCAGGUGUCCCAUGUCCUAAAACAAGAGACGGGCUGCCAGUUCACUUCAAAUUCAAUAACUCAGCUUUGUUUGCAGACAACAAAUCAUCUGCAGCAGGCAGCAUGAGUGGGGAUGAUGAGGAUGAAGAGGGAGGCUUUGAUCAGAUGUGUUGGAACAUGGGGACAAAAAGCAUGAAGAGGUUCUUUGCUGCUUUGAAUAUCAUAGAAACCAAAAGCUUGACGAUGACGAAGCAGGUCCUCAGAGAAAGACAGCAGCUCAAGAAUUCAGUUGAAAACUUGCAGGAGCAGGUUAAAGUUCAGUUAGCCAAGCUGGAGGAGAUAAAAGAGACAAGUGAAAAACUGAAAGAGCACGAGGCAGAGAUCAGCGGAAAUGAGAACUUUGAGUUUGAAAUCAUCUUCACUAAGCCCGUUCAAUUAGAUAUUUUUGGUACUGGAGAUUACCUUAGGAACUGUCAGCAGUGUCAUGUCACCUGUCACUAUCCCUGUGCAACUGAUGCAGAUACAAUAUGCUGCUCGGAAAUGGAAUCAGAUGGAUACUGUACUCAGUGUCCAGGCAAAUGUUCCUGGAGUGUACAUUUUAAUCAGAAGUACAGAUGGGAGUAUCAGGAAGUACAAGAAAAACGAACAGUAAAAGAGCUGAAAGAAAAGUACCUAAAAGCCUCAGAUGCUGAGAAACGUGUUCAGGUAUUGAUUGAACAACUGCAUGCUGAAUAUGAUGAUGUGCAGACUAACGUGGUGAACCUGAUGAAGUGGUCAUCUGAGUGUUUAAACCGACUUAAAGAGAUAGAACUGAAGCCAAAUCCUCUCUCCACUCCAGAGUACAUUGACAUGCUGAUUGAGGGAGAGAUAUCUGAGGCCAAGCCAGACUGGAAGCAACGAGUUCAGAUCCUUAACACCAUGAGAGAAAAAGCAGAUCUCAUAGCUAUUGUAAGAGGGCAACUCCUCCUGGAACUACUCAUCGGGAAUUUCAACAAUCCUGAACAGUGAAAACGUGAAUUUUUUUCAGUUGUGAGAAUCUAAAUAUAUUUCUUCAUAAAAAUGUUAAGACAUAUAGAUUUACAUUGUUCAGUUUGCAGGAUUAUCAGCUUCUUGCUUCUUUUCGCGCUGUUACACUGCUGACCCCAAUAAUAUUCAGUAUUUAGAAGACAGCUGUCUUCAAUCCCAGAGCAUUACUGUCCAUUACUUGUCCUCGGUGACAUGAACAUUCACUUAGACAAAUCAAACUUAGCAGACUUCUUGUCUCUGAUUUAGUCCUUUGAUCUAACACAGGUUCUCAGCCCCCCGACCCACAAAGCUGGCAAGGAGCUUGACUCAUUCUUGUCCGAAACUGUGCCACCAAGUGCCUAACAGUCACACCUCUACACAUGUCUGACCUCUAUUUCAUUCAGUUCAUGAACAGCCCAUAUGUCUGACACCGCUGCUACCUCUGCAACCUGUCUCCCACUCACUUUGCCUCAGUGGUAGCUUCCGGUCUACCUUCCCUCAACAUACUUUCCUCACUUGAGGUCAGUGAUGCCACACAAUCUCUGUGCUCUACACUGAGCUCAUGCCUGGAUAGCCUGUGUCCUCUAUCCACCAAACCUUAUAGCCAGAACCAGUCCCACCCGUGGCUAACUGAUACCAUCUGUGGGCUCCGUACUGAUCUCAGACCUGCUGAAAGAAAAGACCCUGCCGACCUUAAGGGCUACUAAAUGCUCCUAUCCUCCUUCUCAACAAGCAUC